AUGGCGAUCCGUCGAUAUCGGGCUCUGGAAUCUGCUGCCGAUCUGUCCUUCAAGGCGGCGACCGGCAUGGCCGACUUUCAAAAUGAAGUGGCGACGCCUUGCUCGCCGCAGACUACCGUGUAUCGAUAUCACGGCAUGGUGAGACUCGAUCUCGCGGUGGUGACCGAUAUGGUGGUAACCGAUGUGGUGGUGACUUUGGCGGUCACUUCGCCCCGCACUGCGGAUUUGGCGGUGUCCAAAUUGGCGCUCGCCUUCACACAUAGCAAUCCGUGA